GGCGGCGCCGUCUCGUCCCGCAUCGCCGGCGGCCGCGGCCGCUCCUUGGGUGCGGGGCCCGGCUUCGGCUACCGCUCCGGGGGCGUGUGCGGGCCCAGCCCGCCCUGCAUCACCGCGGUGACGGUCAACGAGAGCCUGCUGACCCCGCUCAACCUGGAGAUCGACGCCAACGCCCAGUGCGUGAAGCACGAGGAGAAGGAGCAGAUCAAGUGUCUCAACGACAAGUUCGCCGCCUUCAUCGACAAGGUGCGGUUCCUGGAGCAGCAGAACAAGCUGCUGGAGACCAAGUGGCAGUUUUACCAGAACCGGAAAUGCUGCGAGAGCAACCUGGAGCCGCUGUUCGACGGCUACAUCGAGACCCUGAAACGCGAGCUGGAGUGCGUGGAGGCCGACCGGGGCCGGCUCGAGUCAGAGCUGAGCCACAUGCAGGAGGUGUUGGAGGGCUUCAAGCAGAGGUUUGAGGAGGAGGUGGCACUGCGGGCCACAGCAGAGAAUGAGUUCGUGGUGCUGAAGAAGGACGUGGACUGCGCCUACUUACGCAAGGCAGAUUUGGAGGCCAACGUGGAGGUCUUGAUGGAGGAGAUCAGUUUCCUGCAGGCGCUGUUUGAGGAGGAGAUCCGCCUACUGCAGUCCCAGAUCUCGGACACCUCGGUCAUCGUCAAGAUGGACAACAGCCGCGACCUGAACAUGGACUGCGUCGUGGCCGAGAUCAAGGCGCAGUACGACGACAUCGCCAGCCGCAGCCGGGCCGAGGCCGAGUCCUGGUAUCGCAGCAAGUGCGAGGAGAUGAAGGCCACCGUGAUCAAGCAGGGGGAAAACCUCCGCAGGACCAAGGACGAGAUCAACGAACUGAACAGGCUGAUCCAGAGGCUGACGGCGGAGAUCGAAAACACGAAGCAGCAGCGUUCCAAGCUGGAGGCGGCCGUGGCAGAGGCGGAGCAACAGGGUGAGGUGGCCGUCAGUGAUGCCAAGGCCAAGUUGGCUGGGCUGGAGGCCGCCCUGCAGAAGGCCAAGCAGGACAUGGCUUGUCAGCUGCGUGAAUACCAGGAGCUGCUGAAUAUCAAGCUGGCGCUGGACAUCGAGAUUGCUACCUACAGGCGGUUGCUGGAGGGCGAGGAGAGCCGGUUGUGUGACGGCGUCAACUCGGUGAACAUCUGUGUGAGCCGGUCCGGGGGCGGUGUGGCUUGUGGGGACCUCAGCUCCUCCGUUUCCCGGGGGACGACCAUUAGCUCCGGCACCUCCUGCCCCACCUCCAGGGGGGUCAGCUGCUCCAGCGCCCGGUCGGUCAGGUUUGCGUGAGGAAGAGCUACAUUCCCAGCUGACCUGGGCCGGAUCCCUGCUGGGAAAAGGGGGUGGGGGGGUGGGGAGGGCGUGGCGCUUUCACCCGUUGGCCAGGUCUCCUCAACAAAUUAUCUGGAUAACCGCUUGGGGCUGACCUGCACAAACAAAUCAUCAGGAAAAAAUCAGGGCUCCCCAACUCCCUGCUGCCAAAUUCAUGGUGACCGGGUCUCCACGUGCAAACCUGGCCCAUCCAUCAGGUCUACACCACCCACCCAAAGCAGUUUGGUUUCAAUUAUCUGGACUUUUCAAGUUUGUGGGUGGGGUGGGGAAUGGGUCAGAGGCCUGAUACAACUGGAUGUUAGGAGCCACGGUUUAUUCUUUGGAGAACCUGCUAGUACAAAUUGGGGGUUUUCAGAAGAGAGCAAUUGUUGGAAAUAUCCGGGUUAUUGGAUUCCCUACUUCAUUGCAACAGGCUUCACCUUGCUUAUAUAGGCCCGGCCUCACGCUCCCUAGAAUGAGAUCACAAGGGUAGAUUACCUUCCAACCUCCCUUAUAUCCAUGCCAGCAGAUUAUGCAGCUAACUAAGCCCAAACAGUAAAUCUUGGACUCAGUUAUCUGGAUAGUUCUAGUGGCAAAGGAUUUUGGAGACCGAAAACAUCUGGACAUUUUGUCUGUGUAGACUGGCCUAACUGUCAUGGCUUGGGUGGCCCUGCAUUUAACUGUGGACCCCGAGGGCAAGAUUUCCAGAUCCCAGGGGGACAUGGAUACAUGGUUGGUUUAUCCGGUGUAGGCAACCCCAGUGGAUAAUUUGGUUUCCACCACAAAAAUCCCACCCCACUUUGGGGUCUAAAAGAUGCAGUUUGACAGUUUACCCCCACCCACUUGGCAUAGGUGGCGUAGAUGCUGCCGAGAGGGGAGCAGGGCCCCAGGCUCUCACGGGAGGGGUUGCCCGUCAGACUCCCUGCCCGCUCCCUACCCUCUUGCCACACUUUCAGGAAAUCUGGUUCUUGAAGCAUUUUUAUUCGGGGUUCUGGUUCUUUUUGUUUAUCAUGAUUUUUGCUGAGACCCACCCACUCGAUGGGGCUCUAUCUCCGUCCCAGUUGCCGCUAACCAGCCUCUGUAGCUGCCAUCGAUAUCCAGAAACACUCUCAUUGACUUAGAGGCUCGGGCAAUAGCAGCGUGGCUUUCCCUGGAGCAUGCCCACAGAGCACCUCCUACUGCAGGAAGGAAUCCAAAGGGUCAUUUGGUCCAGCUCCCUGGCUUCAGGCAGGUGAACUCCUAGCCCAUCCAGGUCAGGACCUUCUCACAGAUGCCUGUUUCAGCGGGCAGCCUCCUUGACCACCGGACAGGCCUUCCUUGGGUCUAACCAGACUCCCGCUUGCUGCAGUCCAAGCACUUUCCUUCUCAUCUGGUUCUCUGCGUCCUCAGAUAACCCGGUGUGGCAUCGUGAAAACCCUUUCCGGGGUCAAAGGCUUUGGUCCGAGAGUUGGUGCGUCCCGGUGUGUCAGCCAACGACUUUUGACUUCUCCAGUUGUCAUGGCUGGGGGGCCCCUGUUGUGAUCUGGACACUCCUGGGUUGGCUCCCCUCACUCAGUCGGGGUCACCGUCUCCGCUGUCCCUCCCGUUCCGCAUUUGCAAUAAAUCGUUAACCUGCGUUCUCUCCA